AUGGAAUAUGUGCAGAGUCUUUACAGUUGGUUCAGCGUUCAGUCGCAAGGGACAGCCGCAGACGAGUCGUCUUCUUCUUCCCAGCAGCAGUCAACUCACCCCCCGCCUCCCGACUUCCUGAGCCUCGUCCGCAGGAGUAGGCGGAGUCAGCUCGGUCGGGCCACGCCCACAGGUGGACGAGAAGAGCCGCUGACUCCUCUGGAGCUGAGACUAAGAGAACUAGUGGUAGACCUCUACAGUGACGCGGCCAGCACCAAGACAGCUGUGUCUGAGUCAGAGGAUCUGUCUGAGAUAGACUCUGGACAUUUCUCCGAUCGUCCAGCCACCUCCCUCUCCGAACCACACCUCCGUUUCCCCUCUCCUCUCGCCAUGGCAACCACAGAGCCUCGUGAAAGAACACCCCUUCGUUCUUAUACCGACACAGCCUUGCCUAACGAGCAGGAGCCGCCCCCUCUCCUGCUGUCGUUCUCGGCUGACGACAUAGCUGAAGUCGGCCACGAUCCAAGUCUUCCCUCCCUCAGCGCCACCUCCAACUUUCAGUUUGGGCUCCACACACCAAUGGCAGGCGCCGGUAACCUCCCACCUCUGCCACCCUCUCCCUAUGGAGUGAGGUCUCCUCCCCCUGCCUCCCUCCCUCUCUACAGCUAUACUGAGCCCAGUCUCUCCAUUCCACCCUCUCCCAAGAAACCUCAGUCGGCCGACUUACACUCGCUGGUGUCCAGAAGUUUCCAGCUCCCUUCACAACCAAAUCCCACCAAAGUCGUCACGAAAUCCAGCGUGGCACUAGCUACAUCCUCUUCAGUCUUGGCCACACCCCCUGAGUCACAAGCCACACCCACCGAACAACGGGACAUGCACCCUGAAGCCACACCCCCUGAACUACAGGACACGCCCCCAAACUCGCAGUCAACUGGUGCACAAUCCAUCACUCCAGGAGAUGAUGGGAAAGACAGAGUAUCAUCUGAUGCAGUCACUCCAGGAGAUGAUGGGAAAGACGGAGUAUCAUCUGAUGCAGUCACUCCAAUAGAGAAGGAAUCCAUCGAUGGUGAUAGUCCAGACUUUACUCAAAGCCAACAAGAUGAAUCUAGUGGUGUGAAGAUAUGGAGAGAUCGACCUCAGUCUUAUGGGACUUGCGAGGAGAACAAGACACUGCCGUAUAAUCCUGGAGGUGGGCUGCUAGACGUAGAGACUCCUCUGUCUCCAAAGGAGGUCCGUGACAGACUGGCUGACGUGGUGCAGGGAAAACCACCGCUAGGCUCUGCCAUUAUUGCUCUCUCCACCUCUGCACCACACGGGGAGUUGCUCGGUCUAUCAGUCGAUGGAGUGGGGGAGAGGGAGGGCGAGGACGGAGGGAAGGAAGGAGGUGGUGAAGGAGACGAACCAUCUGAGCAAGUUGAACUGAGAGAAGGAGACGUUUUGGAGCUUCACAAUUUCGAAGAAGCAGAGACGAGUUCCGUGGUGUCUAUUGAGCAGAUAACGGAGGCUCUUCGACACGAACCCCUCUCUCUCCCUCCUCCCUCAACCUCCCUCCACGACCGUGAGAAAACACAGACGCACGACAGCAGUAGCCAUGCCUUUCCCCUCCCUCUCUCCUCCUCUCCUCUCCCUGCCGGAAAAACCGCUCCACUUCCGUCAAAAUACUCAAAGUCAGUCGGAACUCCACCUCCUGCAAGAAUGCCACAACACCUCAGACCAGCUCACAGGCAGUACCAGCAGACCCCCAGAUCUGACUCGCACAAGCAGCAAUCUUCACCAGCCAAGCAGAGAACAUCUCCCUUUCUCCCCCCACCAUCCUCUAUGUCUCCUGACCGGCAGUUAUCUGAGGUCCUACACACCAAGGCCCACCUGGAAGGCCAGCUGGAGGCAGUUACAGAGGAAUGCCGUGAACUGCUGAAAGAGAGAGCCGCACUCAACUCUAAACUGGCCGUCACCGAGGCAGAACUAGAGGUGGCACGGAGAGAGAGGAAGAGCUCUGGUACCGCUGGACCCAAUCAGAGGACAGCAGAGGACUCUGCCAGACUGAGACAACAGUUGGAAACGUUUCAGAGAGAUCUGCGGGAAGAGAGGAAGACACUGGAUGCCGUGAGGGAUAAUCUGAACCGAGUCAAGGCUAGCGAACAGCGUCUCAAAGCAGAGGUUGAGGAGGGGCAAGAGAAAGGGGCAGUUCUGGAGUGUAAGGUUAGGGAGCUUGGCGAACAACUCAAGGACUCGGAGAGAGAGUCUGAGGAGGAAAAGGCGUCACGGGAGGCGGCGCAACACCAGCUGAGGUCACUCCAGAGUAGCUAUCAGGCGGUGGAGGAGUCAAAGGGAUGGAUGCAGGCACAGCUGGAGGAGACACUGGAGGAGAAACUGAAACUACAGGAGGAGCUGCGGGCAUCGAAGGCCGAGUCCAUCGCCAGCACAGUCAAAAUGGAUCAGCUAGCAAGAGAGAAUGCCUCCUUCUUGCAGCAAAUCACCAACUUACAGAGAGGUGUUCUGAAGGACAAGGCUCGACUGGUGAGCGAACUCGAAUCAAUCGAAGCUGACGUUCUCUCCAGAGAGGAUUCGUACGCUCGACUAGUGGCAGAGAAAUCCCAGUUGGAGGAGCUUGCCCAGCAGAGGGCUGAGGAGAUAGAGCGACUCUCGGCUGAGGUCGGGAGGACCACGGUUGAAAGAGACGAACUACGCGCGAGAGAAACGGAGAGAGCCAGCAGGGAGGAGGGACUGGUGGGGCAGUGCCAGCUACUUCAGACUUCGAAGAGAGAGGCUGGGAGAAGGAUACAAGACAUGGAGAGGGAGUUGGCUGCGAGGGAAGAGGAGGUGGAUAAACUGAGACGGGGGAAGAAUGGUUUGCAAGAGAGACUGCGAGAGGCAGAGGCUGCACUGGUCGGGAAAGACGGAGCACUCAGAGGAAUGAAAGACUCGCAGCAGAUCCUCAAACAAGAGCUGGAGAUGUCGAGGCGGGUUCAGGGGAGGGUGGAGAGAGAAUUGGAGGACGAGAGGAGAAAUGUGGCUCGUCUCGAGUCCAGUCUGGCAGCCUCGCGGGACGGCAGCAGUGGAAAUGAGUAUCUAGUAAAGUCGCUCCAAGAAUCUCAGCAGCAACUGGAGGCUGAGGAAUCGGUGCUACUGCAUGAGAGAGAGUGGCGGAGAGAGAGACGGAGGUGAGGGAGAAAGAAAGGGAACUGGAGUUGCGCAGCUCUCGGAACAAAGAAACACCACGACAAGACUCGGAGAUACGGAGAGGAAACUAGAUACAGCCACCAGGGAGUGUGACACUCUUAAAAGGGAGUCCUUGAUGAGAGAGAAGGCACCGUCAGGAGGCUGACACAGGAGAGCGAAGGGACGAGACUGGAGCAAGCUGGAGAACGUAAAGAGCGACAGAGCAGCAGAGACCAUCUCCAGAGCAGACCUGCACAUCGGUGUUACUGCAGACAGAAAAGCAAAUCCGACUGGAGGGCCAGCUAUCAGCGAGCACGUCCACUCUCGUGGUGAACUGAGCAACUCCAGGUUGGCGCGUGAGAAAGAGAGGUCUUCUCUGAGAAGGAGCUGGCCGACAGUGAAGCUCACUCACCAGACAGAGUUGGCUGAGUUUACAGCGCAAGCAAGGCGAGAGCUGGCAGACCGAGCAUCCGUUACUGCCAGGAGAGAACAGACGAGAGCUCAGAGUCUAGCUACGUAAGAAGGUGGUCGCCUCGUCCGAGAGACUGCGGCGAAUUGUCGCAAUGAAGGCUCAUAUGAAGAGUGAGUGGG